AUGUCCACCGCCACUAAAGGUACAGCUGGCUACGACCGCCGCCGGGAGCUUCAGGCGUUCGACGACACCAAGGCCGGCGUCAAGGGCCUUGUCGACGCCGGGGUCACCACCAUCCUGCCCAUCUUCCACCACCCUCCCGACUCCCUCGCCACUUCCUCCACCGCCACCAUCCCGGUCAUCGACCUCUCGGGCCGCCGAUCCGAAGUGGUCGGCGAGGUGCGGGCGGCGACCGAGACGGUGGGCUUCUUCCAGGUGGUCAACCACGACGUGCCGGCUGACCUCCUUGCUGAGAUGGUCGCGUCCGUGCGGCGGUUCCACGAGUCGCCGGCCGAGGCCAAGACGCCGCACUACACCCGGGACCUCGCCAAGAAGGUCCGGUUCAACUCCAACUUCGACCUGUUCCAGUCGCCGGCGGCCAACUGGCGCGACACCCUGUUCUGCCAGGCGUUCCCGGACCCGCCGGAGCCGGAGGAGCUCCCCGCCUCCAUGCGGGGCGUCUUGCUCGAGUACGGCGACGCGGUGCGGCGGCUCGCCGUGCGGGUGCUGGAGCUGGUGUCGGAGGCCAUGGGGCUGGCGCCGGAUCGGCUGGAGAAGAUGGGGUGCGUAGAUGGCCUGAGCGUGGUGAGCAACUACUACCCGCCGUGCCCGCAGCCGCACCUCACCCUCGGCACCAGCCGGCACUCCGACCCGGCGUUCCUCACCGUGCUCCUCCAGGACGACAUGUCCGGCCUCCAGGUGCUCGUCGACGGUGGCAGCGGCGGCGAGAAGCGGUCGGUGUGGGUGGACGUCCCUCCGGUGCCUGGCGCUCUGGUGAUCAACGUCGGCGACCUGCUCCAGCUGGUGAGCAACGGGAGGCUGAAGAGCGUGGAGCACCGGGUGGUAGCCAACAGGAGCAGGGACAGGGCAAGGAUCUCGGUGGCGGCGUUCUUCAAUGCCGACCUGAGGACGACGACGGCGGUGUACGGCCCCAUCGAGGAACAGGUGUCCUCGUCGGCGCCGCCGUUGUACAGGAGCAUCACGGUGGGGGAGUUCCUCUCUCACUACGACGGCAAAGGCCUCGACGGACGCCCGGCGCUGGACCACUUCCUUCUUCCUUAA